AUGAGAGACGAGAAGACAGUUUCGGAUGGCAAGGAUAUGAGAAAAGAGAAUCCAGUUUCUGAUGGUAUCCAUCACCAAACGGGUAUGACAGAAGAGAAGCCAGUUUCCCUUUUAGCGCUGUGUGCCAGUCAAGGGAUUCUCGCGUCUUUGGUACGAUGCGAGGAGAGAGCGAACCCACGACCUCCUGCAAUCGAGUGGGCUUCUGAAUCGGGUAAUGUAUCUGCUAUGCAAUCUAUGAACCUUAAACCGGCUCUCUUCUUGAUGUUCUGUUUUAUCCUGGCAGCUUCUGCCAGACCAGCGAAAAACGAAAAUGGGAAUGAUGAAGGAAAGGGCGACAAGGGCGGUAAAACUCAGAAGAGAGGUCCGGAAAAACUUCUUGUAAAACUAUGCGAUGGCCUUGAAAACGGUGACAUCGCUAACACUGACCCCAACUACGACGGUGUGUUUACCGAUCUCGAGCCAGUGUGUGACGACCUUCUGGAAUUCGUAGAUUCGCAAGAGGAAGGCGGUGAUAAUAAUGAUGGUAAUAACGAUGUCAGUGCUUCAAUACAAAAUUUUGGAAAGAAAGACGGAAAAAAGGCAGACAAGAAAGAUGGAAAUGAAGAAGACAAAAGCAGCGAAGAUGACGGAGAGAAUGACGCCGUAGAUGCUCUUCUUGGCUUCUGCGAGAAGUUGGAGAAUGAAUUGGAGAAAGGCUUACCUGACAAUACUCCUUCAGAGCUGUUAGCCAUUUUCAAAUCCGUGGAUCCUAUCUGUGAGGAUGCUGAAGAAAUUGCUGAAUCCGAAUCUGAAGACUCGGAUGAGAAAGGUGACAAAAGUCCCAAGGGAAGUCCUAAAAAGCUUCUUGUAAGACUAUGCGAAGGUCUUGAAAACGGUGACAUUGCUAAUACUGACCCCGAUUACGACAGUGUGUUUACCGACCUUGAGCCUGUGUGUGACGACGUUCUGGAAUUCGUAGACUCGGAAAUGGAAAAUGAAGAGGGAGGUGAUGUCAAAAACGGUAGAGAGACCCAAGGUUCAAUACAAACUUUUGGAAAGAAAGACGAGAAAAAGGGAGACAAGAAAGACGGAAAGAAGGGAGACAAGAAAGAUGGAAAUGAAGAAGACAAAAGCAGCGAAGAUGACGGAGAGAAUGACGCCGUAGAUGCUCUUCUUGGCUUCUGCGAGAAGUUGGAGAAUGAAUUGGAGAAAGGCUUACCUGACAAUACUCCUUCAGAGCUGUUAGCCAUUUUCAAAUCCGUGGAUCCUAUCUGUGAGGAUGCUGAAGAAAUUGCUGAAUCCGAAUCUGAAGACUCAGAUGAGAAAGGUGACAAAAGCCCCAAGGGAAGUCCUAAAAAGCUUCUUGUAAGACUAUGCGAAGGUCUUGAAAACGGUGACAUUGCUAAUACUGACCCCGAUUACGACAGUGUGUUUACCGACCUUGAGCCUGUGUGUGACGACGUUCUGGAAUUCGUAGACUCGGAAAUGGAAAAUGAAGAGGGAGGUGAUGUCAAAAACGGUAGAGAGACCCAAGGUUAAAUACAAACUUUUGGAAAGAAAGACGGGAAAAAGGGAGACAAGAAAGACGGAAAGAAGGGAGACAAGAAAGAUGGAAAUGAAGAAGACAAAAGCAGCGAAGAUGACGGAGAGAAUGACGCCGUAGAUGCUCUUCUUGGCUUCUGCGAGAUGUUGGAGAAUGCAUUGGAGAAAGGCUUACCUGACAAUACUCCUUCAGAGCUGUUAGCCAUUUUCCGAUCCGUGGAUCCUAUCUGUGAGGAUGCUGAAGAAAUUGCUGAAUCCGAAUCUGAAGACUCGGAUGAGAAAGGUGACAAAAGCCCCAAGGGAAGUCCGAAAAAGCUUCUUGUAAGACUAUGCGAAGGUCUUGAAAACGGUGACAUUGCUAAUACUGACCCCGAUUACGACAGUGUGUUUACCGACCUUGAGCCUGUGUGUGACGACGUUCUGGAAUUCGUAGACUCGGAAAUGGAAAAUGAAGAGGGAGGUGAUGUCAAAAACGGUAGAGAGACCCAAGGUUAAAUACAAACUUUUGGAAAGAAAGAAGGGAAAAAGGGAGACAAGAAAGUCGGAAAGAAGGGAGACAAGAAAGAUGGAAAUGAAGAAGACAAAAGCAGCGAAGAUGACGGAGAGAAUGACGCCGUAGAUGCUCUUCUUGGCUUCUGCGAGAAGUUGGAGAAUGCAAUGGAGAAAGGCCUACCUGACGAUAUUCCUUCAAAGCUGUUAGCCAUUUUCCGAGCCGUGGAUCCUGUCUGUGAGGAUGCUGAAGAAAUUGCUGAAUCCGAAUCUGAAGACUCGGAUGAGAAAGGAGACAAAAGUCCCAAGGGGAGUCCGGAAAAGCUUCUUGCAAGACUAUGCGAAGGCCUUGAAAACGGUGACAUCGUUAACACUGACCCCGAUUACGACAGUGUGUUUACCGACCUCGAGCCUGUGUGUGACGACGUUCUGGAAUUCGUAGACUCGGAAACGGAAAAUGAAGAGGGAGGUGAUGUCAAAAGUGGUAGAAAGACCCAAGGUUCGAUACAAACUUUUGGAAAGAAAGAAGGAAAAAAGGGAGACAAGAAAGGUGGAAAGAAAAAGGACGAAGAGAAUGACGCAGUAGAUGCUCUACUCAACUUCUGCAAUAAGUUGGAUGAGGCAGUGGAGAAAGGCGUA